UACGUGUUCAGCUCAUGGGUCAUUAAUGUAAGUUGAUCUGUAUGAGUCUGAAGCUCCGUCGUGACUUUUCCUUCCAGCUGCUCGACUUUCAGCAGGUCCAGCUGUAAACGCUCACUCUCUAUGUGCACAAACACACCAGAAACACAUUAACACCCGUCCACAAACCUGUCCGCAGCUGCUUCGAUUGGAUUGUGUGAGCAACUGUUUAUCCUACAGGUGUCACUACAAACACACAUUUGACUUGAUAUUAAUAUUGUUCUUAAACCAGGUGUAAUGCUGACGGCCAAUAAAAAUGCAUUAAUGAAACAUCCAGCGGUUUGUUUCCUUCUGGGUCAUUUUUGGUAAUGUGUGUGUGUGUGCGGUACAGCAAACACUACAGAGAUCACAUCUGAGGGUCACAUCAGCUUAGUUUAACUGAGUUGAAAAACCUCUGCUGGCAUGAUGUAUGUACAGUAUGCUUGCAUUCUGACACAAAAAAGCUGAAAUAGUUUUGCUUUCUAUCUGGAUAAAACCACUGAAGCAUCAAGAUUUAAUGCGUGUAGAGACCUGCACAACCAUGUGAUGGGGCGUAUGGCCUUUUUCUUUGGAGGAGGAGGAAGCAGAACAGGAAGGAAGUGAAAGAGGGAGGCUUCCCCCUGAUAGGCAGUAUGCCCAGAUCAGUGUUUGGAGAGAGAGAGAGAGAGAGAGAGAGAGAGAGAGAGAGAGAGUGUGUGUGUGUGUGUGUGUGUGUGUGUGUGUGUGCGUGUGUGUGUGCGCGUGUGUGUGCGCGUGUAGCAGUUAAAAAGCCCCGUCAGCAACUUCUGAGCAUUCUGGACCACUUCCUUCUCCAGGGUCUUUCUCUCACACACACACACACACACACACACACACACGCAUGUACACACACACACUGAUGCUUUGGUUUGGAUGAAUGCAAAUAUUUAGCCAUGAGCAGCAUACAGAGAACUGUGUAUUUAUUCAUGUUGUGUAACACAAACACACAGUCAGUGUAUUUUUGUCAGGUCUAAAAGUGAAAUAACAGAAAACCAACAAACAGACGAACAAUGAGCGACUGACAGGAAGUUCUGUGCUGCCUUUUUCACCGGCACUGAAGAGAUAAGACAAUGUUUGCACAUGAAAGAAGAAUGUUGAGGAGUUUCUUAAAGGAAGGAAAAACACUUAACAAAUAAAUACAUUGAGAGAGAAAGUAAAUGACAGUGAGAGGACAGAUCAAGAGAAAGAAUGAGACUAACAGUGAGGAAGAUUAAGGCCCGAUUCACAUUUCGCGUCUAAAACCGUGUGGAAAACGCGAGCCGGCCCGUGGCAUAGGCAGUUUCCUAGGGCGCAAAAUGACCAGAGGGGCGCCAGACGAGAGCGCAAAAACGCGACAUGUGAACAGCUUCUUGCAUCAUGACGCAAUUAUGAUUAACUAUGAUUGAUAAUCUUAACGCAUUAAUUAUGCAUGUGUAACGGAGACCAGCUAGUGUGAUCUGUGCAGGUAAACUUCAAUCCGCGACUUCAAGAAAUGCCUUCAUAAAUUCUGUUAGACUGUGGCCUUGUGGUAAGAGCACCUGCUUCCCAUUCUGGACUCAUUGCCUGUUUUAAGUUUGAAUCCCACUCGGAGCAGCUUGCUUAUUUAGAACCAUUUUACUGGUAACACUGACACUGCGUGCUGUUUUUGACUGCUUUCAACAAAGUGAACUGCAAAAAGUGUUUACUGGCACAGUGACUAGGCCAUGCCAUUUAUUUAAGAAAAUCCAAAACAAUACAAUAAGCUUUUAUGUGUGUCCCUACAGCAUUUGCGCAGAGAUUUACAAAAUGAUUCUCACUGACCUUUAUCUAAAUAAUAAUCAAAUAAUCGUUUUAUGAGCUCUAACUUUCAACUACAGUAUUAUUGAGAAAGUUUUAUUUUCAGCGUUAUUAGUAAUUAGAAACAUUUUUAUUACAAAUCUUUUGUAGUUGUUAUUUAUUUACUUCCGAUUUAUGUUAAUCACAAUACAUGUUAUAUUAAAAUAAAUAUGUUAUAAAAAAAAUAAAAAGUGAAAAAAAGUUAAUAAAUAAUAAUAAUAAUAAUUUAUAAUAAUAAUAAAAAAAGUUAUUUUUCAGACAUUUUUAUUUAUUUAUUUUGUAUAGUAGGGGCGCAAUCUAAAAUCUUGCCUAGGGCACCAACAGAGGCUGGGCCGGCCCUGCUUCCAAUGACCAGCAGUGCGCGCGCGGCACUCCGAAAAGUUGAACUAUUUCCAUCUCGAUACGGCGCUGACACGCCUAGAAAAAUGUGCGCAUAGUGAUCACGUCACCCCCUAUUUGUGCGCGCCUGCCGUGCGUCUACAUUUAAAAUAAUGAAUAUGCGCGUGGAAAAGACACAAAAUCUGAAUCGGUCAUCAUUUUCAAGAUAUUUGUAAGAAUGUCAGUAACCAAACAGAUCUCAUCCUGCUACGACUUCUGACCCCGCCCCCGGGGGCCUACGAAGAGCUGUUAGCUGCCUCAAUUGUGCAUGUAGUAGCGGUAACCAUAGUGAUCAAAUGCCAUUAUCGAUGACUGAGCUGGUGAUUUUUAUGGACUGAAAGAAAUGGACUGCAUAACUGCCACACAAAGGCAAUGAAGAGACAAAAAACAAUCGCCUCGUUUUUUAUUUCAAAAACCAAACAAUGUAAGUGUCCUAUGCCUGUUGACUUUUCCCAGAUGUGGCAGAUUAGUUUUGUUAUUUAUUUGUAUAGCUAGUCUUUUGCACUUAGCAAACAGCAAAACGCGGAGAGCAUGACUAUGCAAUUAGGUGAGUGGACAGAAGCAAAUAGCGAAUUUACACAAAAACAAUGUAAGGAUAGGUCAAACAAUUUAUCGCCAGGAAAUAAUGUUUUAUCUGGACUUGCAAGACUAAUUUUUAGGCUCCUGGCAUAACAUUAUCAUCUAACCGAAUGAACUGUAAAAGUUGACUGAGGUAAAUUUACUGAAGCCACUAUAAAGUUGAGUUGAAAUGAUUUGCUGACAGCUUGGUCUCCCCCAGUUAAAAAUGCCAUCUGCGCCCCUGCAACACGGUGUUUAAACUUCAAGCAAGUAAACGGACAUACAGUAUCAACACAAAAUUAUGUCAAAAUUCAGUGCAGUGCAAGCCGUUUCUUUAUGCUUCAAAAGUAUAUGAUUUUUUAGUUUUUGUAGUAAAUGACUAAUGGUUUGGCUAGACAACACCCUUAUUCAUCAGCUGAUGUCGUUUAGAACCUUUUGAAGCUGCGAUGAAACAGAAAUUUGGACCUUAACCAACAGCCCCCCGCUAAAGUCUAUUAUAUGGAGAAGAACCCUGGAAAGCUUUCCUCAAAAGCCUGAAUUUGUUUUCCACAGAAGAAAUAAAGACACGGACAGCUUGUAUGACAUAUGGAACGCUGAAGUUACUGGCACAGGUAACAGAUGAUGGCCAGCGGACAGCUGUGGAUAGCGGCUGUGUUUCUGACCUCAGGGCUGAACGCACAGCUGGUGAAUACGAACAACGUAUCUCUGCCAAACAUUCCUACCAACCAAUCUACCGAGCUCACAGAAUUUCUGCUGAGCAAUAACUCAAUUGUGAUGUCUAUCUGGGAUAUAAAGGCUUUAAAGAGGUAUACCAGGCUGAAGGUGCUCGAUCUUUCUUACAACCUCAUAGAGAUAUUGCCUUCGACAGCUUUUGACAGCCUUGUGAACCUGGAGAUUCUUAAUCUGAGGGAAAACAGACUGCAUUCUCUUCCCGAUGACAUCUUUAAAGCACUUCCUAAACUAAAGACUUUGGUUUUGGAGGACAACCCAUGGAACUGUUCGUGCCCCCUCACGACUCUCAUCAAACAUCUGAAUGACUCUGGUGUAGCAAUAGGCAGACAAGUAACUUGUGACACCCCAGAGACCCUGGCUGGUAAAACAGUCCUGGAUGAAGAAUCCUUGUGCUCGAUUCAGUCCACAUCUAAAGCGAAAACAAUCAAACGCGCAUCAACACUGACAGCACUGCCUACAAACAGCAUUCAUGUUAACGGGUCUCGCGAAGAGUUCACUGUGAGUGGUGGCACUGCUGGGCUGUCGACGGGAACCAACAGUUGGAAGUUUCUGCUUGGGGUGCUAGUUAUAACCCUUAGCACUUCAAUGCUGAUCGUAUGUGCUGUCAAGUCACCGUCUUGGUACAAACUUCUCUUCAAUUAUCGCCAUCAGAGACUCUGUGAGGAUGCAGAGCCUAACGUCCUCAACACCGGACGCUAUUCCAACUUCAGUCUGGACACAGAACAGACGGAAACGAGCAUACAGGAGCUGGAUGAGAGCACGGAGCACGGGCUGAGCUUGCAGCCUUUGGAGGAUGACGACGGCUUUAUAGAGGACGGCUACAUCGAGACACACGAUAACCAAAUGCUGGAAUGAAAUGAACAUGUGGAAAAAUGAUCUGGUAACACUGUGAGCUUUUGCCUGAUCAAACCAACAACAAAGUAAAAAAGAAAAAAGAAAAUGAAGCAAAAUUUCACAUUCUUCAUCUGUAAUGCAUACAAUAUUUUUGUCCCAGGUCUAAACCCAGUAUUUAAAAAAAAAGUAUUUAAAUGGGUUGAAAAGUGGUUAGCUACAGAUGAGCUCUGGCAUGCUUGCAUUGGUACACUAGAACAGUUUUCCUCUUGUCUUUUUUUGAUCAGAAGAUUUAAAAACAUCAGCUGAUGACCCAUUUAACAGGAACUACACAACACUGAAGCAUCCAAAAAGGUUAACUCAUGACAAAACAAUGGCACUUACUGUCUUCUCUCAGUGAAAAUGACGUCCAUACCUUCAGCCUCUCGGUCAUUCUGAGCUUUCAGCUAAAAACACCAACAAAAAAACAAUGAGCAAAAAUACAAGAAUAAGAGAUAUC